AUGCAUCGCCGUGGCAUCAUCAGACAACGACCAAUUCCAAAUCGAACGGUUGAAAAUGAACAAUCUGGAUCUCAUCACUUCCAAUUUCAUAUUGCUGAAGCAAAUGAAAUGGAUGAUCAAAUUACUACGGACACUGGAGUAACAUCAUCGACCGAUGAAUCACAACAACAACAGAAUUUAACUUCUGAACAAUUACAACAGUUAUUUGGUCGAGCUAGUUCUCAAUUGAUGGCAGAAUCAACAGAUGAACAAGACUUUUUCAAACGUGAAGCAACGAUUAAAGCACCAAAAACAAGUAAAAUUAUACAAACACCAUUUCCACCACCUGCUGAAGAUCGCAAAGAAGAACUUGAUAUUGAUAUUGAACAAUUGAACCAAUUAGCUAAACAAGAAGCAGGUCCAUUAAUUAUUGAAAGAUAUUCUCCAAGUGAAACACAAAUCAAUUAUCCAUUAGCCACUGUUACAAUAGCAUUUAAUCAACCGAUGAUUGCUUUAUCAUCAUUAAAUGAUCAAAUAAAUAUCGAAGAUCUUGGUAUUUCAUUAAAACCAACACCUGAAGGUCGAUGGAGAUGGACAGGAACGAAAACAGUUCAAUUUGAAGCCAAACAUCGUUUACCAUUUUCAACAAACUAUACAUUAAAAGUCAAUAAAGAACAAUGUGUAUCAGCAAUCGGAGGAAAAUUAGAAGAUGGACUGUUAUUCGAAUUUUCUACAACGCCACCCAAUGUUCUUCAAUUCUCACCAUAUGGACAAGUUUCAACAUUAAAACCAAAAUGUUUCUUAUUAUUUGAUCAAAAAAUUGAUCAAAAUCAAAUUUUAAAACAUCUUCACAUAGUGACCAAUGAUCAACAUAAAAUACCGAAUAAUGCAUUAGAAUUAUUGGACGAAAACACGGCAAAAAGUGAAUUUGAAUCUUAUCUAAAUGCAAAUGAAGGAACUCAUGAGAGAUAUGUUGCAUUUACAUUUAAACAUGCUUUAUUAAAAGCAACAGAAUAUAACGUUCAAUUGCCUGUCAGUUGUCCAUCAGCUGAAGGACCAUUAAAGACUACAUUAGAAUGGUCAGCUAGUUUUCAGACUUAUGAACCACUACGAAUCAUCGAUUGGUAUCCAAAUUCGAAGGAUGAAUACCAAAAAUCUACUAAUCCUGGUCAAAGUUGGUCAAUCACAUUCAAUAAUUCAUUAGAUCAUUCAACAAUUCAUAAAUCAUUAUUCAAAAUUGAACCAGAAGUUAGUGGUUUAGGUAUUGAACAUGUAGAAUACAAUGAUCAACAACUAACAAUACAUAAUAAUUCGAAACCAAAUACAGUUUAUACAUUGGUGAUAGAAUCAGAAAAAUUGAAAGAUAUUCAUGGACAAAUAUUAGAACAUGAUCAUGUUGAACGACCAGUUCAAUUUCAUGUACAUGAUUCACCACCAUUAAUGGGUGAUAUAUCAGGUGCUACAGGUAUGAUUAUUAUGGAUCCUGCUGUAUUAAAUGAUCCAUUUUAUCCAUUUAUGGUUUAUAAUUAUUCGGAAUUAAGAUUGCGUAUUCAUCGUGUACAACCAGAACAUUAUCAUCCAAAUUUACCUUGUUUUCAACAAUAUUUUUACGCCAAUGAACAGGAAUCAAUUAUUGAAUUACCUGGAGAAAAACUAGUCGAUGAAGUUAUAAAAACUAGCUGUGAACGUGAUGAACCAAAAGAAAUGAAAGUUCCUUUGAAACCAUAUUUAACCAACAAUUCGGGAGUCGGUCAAUUAAUUAUCUCUAUUGAACCAACAGAAAAAGCAUGGAAGGAAUGUCAACAUAACCAGUGGCAACCUAAACCAAGAUUAUCCGCUUGGUUACAAUGUACUCGAUUAGCAAUUGAUGUAUUUAUUUCAUCAGGUAACUAG